UGGUGGCCGCUGCAGAAGGAGAAGAAAAGGAGGAGGUGGAAGAUGGUGGAAUUAGAGGUGAGAGCUGUUGGACUCAAGUCUCAUUCCUUGGGCUGUCACCUUGUCACCUGCUGAGCUCACGUCAUCUUGUGCCAGAGAAUGUGCAGCUAGUUAGGCGUGUGAUGGUGGUGACAGGCAAUGUGAUUUAUUGGGUACAAGUCUUGAAAGCGGUGAUCCCAGGGUUUGUGGGAAUAGAAAUCAUCUUUGCCUUGUAAAGUUGUACUCAGUAUGCAGGAGUGUGCUGGUGGUCUGGAUAUCUCUGCAAACAAGAAGCAAGAUGUUGAUACUAUAAGUAUCUAGCACAAGCAAAUCUGCCAUGAACCACUUGGAAGGAUCUGAGGAGGUGGAGGUGAGUGAUGAUACUGGAAAUGCAGAUGUAAAUGAAUCAGUGGAAGCUGACCUUGAACACCCAGAAGUGGAGGACAGGCAACAUCAGUAUGCGUCACCUAACUCACAGCAGGAUGUACAAGAAGAAGAAGGAACUCUUGAAAGAUCAGCUAGCACAGAAAGUGGCUUCCACAACCACACAGAUACAGCUGAAGGAGAUGUAAUAUCAGCCCAGGGAGAAGGAUAUGAUGCAGACCGAGCUCAGGAUAAUGAGGAUGAGAGUGCAUAUGCCAUACAGUACAGGCCAGAGGCAGAAGAAUACACUGAGAAUGCUGAGGCAGAACAUGGUGAGGCUCUGCACAACCGGACUCUUCCCAACCAUUUACACUUUCAUGAUAUGGAUCAGGAGGAAGUCAUAAAUGCUGCAUACUCUGGUUAUGUCUAUACCCAUCGGUUAUUCCACAGGGGGGAGGAUGAGCAAUAUAGUGAACCUUAUGCUGAAUAUGGACUCCAAGAGCAUGUCUAUGAGGAAAUAGGAGACACGCCUGAUUUGGACAUCAGAGAGGGUCUUCGUUUGUAUGAGCAGGAAAGGGAGGAGGCUGACAAUUAUCGUAAGGAAGCACUUGGAGCACGUCUCCACCAUUAUGAUGAGCGGUCAGAUGGAGAGUCUGAUAGCCCUGAGAAGGAAGCAGAGUUUGCACCUUAUCCAAGGAUGGACAGCUAUGAGCAGGAGGAAGAUAUAGAUCAAAUUGUGGAAGAGGUCAAACAAAGCAUGAGCUCACAAAGUCUAGAUAAAGCAGCAGAGGACAUGCCUGAAUCUGAGCAAAAUUUAGAUAUUGCUGAGCCAAUUAAGGGCGGAGGAGGAAUCCAUAUAAAUAAUGGGACUCUGUCAUCUUGUUCCAAAAAUGCAGCCAGUUCAGGGGAGGUUAUCCAACGUUAUAGCAAAGAAAAGAGGGAUGCAAUCUCACUGGCUAUCAAGGAUAUAAAGGAAGCAAUUGAGGAGGUAAAGACAAGGACAAUUCGAUCCCCCUAUACCCCGGAUGAGCCAAAAGAACCUAUUUGGGUGAUGAGACAGGAUGUCAGUCCUACAAAAGAUUGUGAUGACCAAAGGCCACUAGGUGGAGAUUCUUCAUCGCCUGAUUCGUCCGCAUCCCAUGGAGCAGAGUCAGCCAAUCUGCAACAUCAUCAAAAUGCCUGUGAAUCAGCAGAAUCUUCUUCAAAUAAGGAGUCAAGGAAGAGCCUGGCGUCUUUUCCAACCUAUGUGGAAGUGCCUGGGCCCUGUGAUCCAGAAGACUUAAUCGAUGGCAUCAUUUUUGCUGCCAAUUAUCUUGGUUCCACACAGCUGCUAUCUGACAAGACCCCCUCUAAAAAUGUACGCAUGAUGCAAGCGCAGGAAGCUGUCAGUAGAAUUAAGAUGGCCCAGAAAUUAGCCAAAAGCAGGAAGAAGGCCGCUGAAGGAGAAGCCCAGCCCAUGACAGAAGUGGACCUCUUUAUUUCUACCCAGAGAAUAAAAGUGCUGAAUGCUGACACACAGGAGACGAUGAUGGAUCAUCCUCUGAGGACCAUCUCUUACAUUGCGGAUAUUGGGAAUAUCGUGGUCCUCAUGGCUCGCCGACGCAUGCCUCGCUCCAAUUCGCAGGACAGUGUAGAGGCGUCUCACCCAUCCCAAGAUGGCAAAAGACAGUACAAGAUGAUCUGCCAUGUCUUUGAAUCUGAAGAUGCACAACUAAUCGCUCAGUCCAUAGGCCAGGCAUUUAGUGUUGCAUACCAAGAAUUCCUCAGAGCAAAUGGCAUUAACCCAGAAGAUCUGAGCCAAAAGGAAUACAGCGACUUACUCAACACUCAGGACAUGUAUAAUGAUGAUCUUAUCCAUUUCUCAAAGUCUGAGAACUGUAAAGAUGUUUUUAUAGAGAAGCAAAAGGGUGAAAUUUUAGGCGUUGUGAUUGUAGAAUCUGGCUGGGGGUCCAUUCUGCCUACAGUUAUCAUAGCUAACAUGAUGCAUGGUGGCCCUGCAGAAAAAUCCGGAAAGCUUAAUAUUGGGGAUCAAAUAAUGUCUAUCAAUGGUACAAGCCUGGUUGGUUUACCAUUGUCAACCUGUCAGAGCAUCAUAAAGGGUUUGAAAAAUCAGGCUCGGGUGAAGUUAAAUAUAGUGAGGUGCCCUCCCGUUACCACUGUCUUGAUUAGAAGACCCGACCUCCGGUAUCAACUUGGCUUCAGUGUACAGAAUGGCAUUAUCUGUAGCCUUAUGAGAGGUGGCAUUGCAGAACGCGGGGGUGUGCGAGUGGGUCAUCGAAUCAUCGAGAUAAAUGGGCAAAGCGUAGUGGCAACCCCUCAUGAGAAGAUAGUCCAUAUUCUUUCAAAUGCCGUUGGUGAAAUACACAUGAAGACGAUGCCUGCAGCAAUGUACCGAUUGUUAACUGCACAGGAACAACCUGUUUACAUCUAAUAGCCUCUGUCGCUUCACGACAUGCAUGGAGGAUACCAUUCCUCACUUGUGGUUGUGUUCAUAGUGCUGCAUAAUGUCUGCAGAAUCAUCUCCAGCUCACCAAAUCUUCUCUUUUCCCUCCACUUUCUUCUGUCUGUCUCCAUUCAUUGUUAGUACUGGGUACUCAGAGAAACUAUUUUGCAAAGACUUUAGCCAGUGCUCACCUUCUGCCAGUGCUACAAAGUUGAAUAAAAUAUUGCACAGAAACAUAAUAAAGGAGAUACUUCUCAGCCUAAUGACUUGCAAUAUGUCAUAGCUGACAUUAAAUAAAUCAGUUCUAAACAAUGA